AUGACCAGGCUCCGCGGAGCUUCUAUUGAUUCCCCAAACGCCCAGCCCGGCAGCGGCGGCGAGCGACAGCACUAUCGGGCCAAAAUUCCCCCAAAUGCGCCCGAAAUUAUUGUCCAGAACACCAUAGAGGUCUCAGAAUCAUCACAAGUGUUGCCAUGGUAUCGAGAUGAACGCAGGCGACGGUUCAACGUACUAGUGCGAAGAUACAAGAAUCAGCUACUUCACGGCUGUGAUGACCCAGGAUGUCGAACUCCAACCUGUGCGAGUCGCCGUCGCCGCGUCAGCGAAGGCCCAUAUCGUCGAUACACCGAGCUUAGCGCACGAACCCUUGCCUGUUACCUCGCCAGUUUGGACGAUCCUGAGAGCGGACUUUGUUGCAAUAACCCGAAAACUCCUUCCGAGUUGACAGUACACGACUAUCAUCGUAUUUCCCUACAACGAUCCCGUGCUUUUCAAGCCCAGGAAGCUGCCGUCGCUUCAGCCACCGAGGAGCAGACCAGUUUCCUUCGCCACCAGGACCCCGACAAUGAUGAUAAAUUCAGGAAACAGAGGGAUGACUACAGAUCAAUCGAGUCUUCCAAUGGGAUUGAUGAUGCGCGCCUGUCAUCCUCUCCAAACGACUACCCAAGCGGCUAUACCUUUCAGGACUUCGACCAUGCUGCUGAGCAGCCAUUAAAGGACCCGAAAUCAUUCACACAAAGUUUGUUUGACACAAUAUCGCUCCGAAUGGUUGAAUGGCUUCCACUUCGUCGAACUACGGAAUCCUUUCAACCCAAGCCUAAACAGACCAUGUUGCAGCCUGGGGCUGAACUGGCGCAUCCUAGCAAUGAACAUGAAUCACAACAUAAAGAUGUUGAAAAGGCAAAGGCAAACAAGGAUAAGCCUAUUCCACCACUGCUAUCGAGUCCGCAGUCACGCACCACUUCGUCACGAGCAUCGGGAAUCCAGGCCUCGGCCGUCGAGCUCAAGUUUCAAAAUCAGCAUGUAAAACGACUUUCACUAAGUGAGAUGGACCAUUGGCGACAACCCCCGCGCUCUAGUUUGGAAGAGAAAAAAAGACCCGAAUAUACGAAUAGGAAAGUGUCCCUUAAUUCGCACAUCGCUUCAAAUGACUUUGCUAGCAUGCCUUCCCCACCGGCUUUGAAACAUCGACCACAAAAGCACCGGGGAAGAAUCGGCGAGAUGGAACAUCCCAGAGUGAAGGAACGUUCUAAGAACCAGCGUCGUGUCUCCUGGGAUAGUGAACAGGUCCUCAACCAGGUCUCCCAGGGAGAAAGUCCUAGAAACCCCGGCAUUCGGCCGUCAGACAUUGACAACGCAUCUCCAAGAAGCCGGAAAGUCAAGCAUGAUUCACGUCACCGUUUGCUAGAUCCCGCCCCAUUGGCGCAGACGGUCACACACUUUACCCAGGCAAUUAUCGAUGGCCUGAGUCAAAUCAUGGUUGAGUCUCCGGAGGAAGAAGAGGCCUGGAAAGAGGAGAUCGACCGUAUUCAGUCGAUGGGGAGUUUUGAUCAUCCUGAGUGGCGAUUUGCCACAUCUCGCCAGCGCCGAGUAUUUCCAUUUGUCUCACAAAGUGUAUUUUUUGUGUUUAGCAGCACAAGGAACAUUCUGUCUUCCUUUGGAGCAGAUAAAACAACGCUUCCCGCGUCGCCUCAAAUGGUGAUUGACAAUCGCCUCGAUGUGCCAAACCUUCGGGGUUCAUUGCAACGCCUUUUUACCAUCUGUCCCUGGGAUAUCGCAUUGCAUAGCCUAUGGAGCACCUUGGACAAACUUUAUGUGCCACCAGAAGACCUUUCCCCUUCUACUCGACCUUCCCGUCGCUCUUCGCGCAGUUCGACCAUGAAUAGCGGAGCUGCGCCGCCACCAGUGGUUCGACGAGCCUCCGAGUGCAUAAGCGAUGAACACCUUUCUGACGUGGAUGCUGCCUAUAUUGCAACUGUUGCCAUCUUUGUGUUAGUCAGCUCGAUUCCAGACAUUGAUGUGAGAACCUGGCGUCAAAUCCUUCAGAUGCGCUCUUCGGGUAGCGUGGCUUCAGCCGCUGCCAUGCAGAAAUUUCCUGCGGGCGAGGCUCAGCUGGCUCUCGAGGCGACCGAUAGACUUGAACAUGACCUUGGGCUCCGCCUGGUCAACCGCCUUGUUCGUGCUCUUACUGCCCGUAUUGCGUACCAUGAGAUAUCUAAAGCACGCCAGGUCUAUACACUUGACCUUCCGAAGCAGAGAGGUGUCAGUGUUCUCGAUCGUGUUGUGGAUCAUCUCAGCGAGCAUCAUACCUUUCAACAAUCCGCGGCCGACGGUCCAUCCUAUCAGCCCACCGGCCCUGCACAUGUCAUGCUAGAAUGGCUAAGAACUCUGUUCUUGCGUGAAUGGGAUGGCAAUCCUGAACUGGCUCGCAGCAGUGCCACUGGAGGCGCAAUACAAAUAUUGGCCUUGAUGUACAGAGAACGAGAUAGGCUGGGGCUUUUCCCCGAAGACUUCCAUACACGCAUUCUUGCUGAGCGGCUGGACCCUCUUGAGAUGCCUGUGGGCUGGCUGGGUAGCCUCCCAAACAACCGUACGAUGCAUCUCAUGUCAUAUUCCUUCCUAUUCCCACCGUCGUUCCUUGUCAUAUAUUUCCGGGCUCUAAACUACUCUGCCAUGUCAAAAUACUACGAGGCUGCCAUGACCACAACCCGACACGUCACGCAGACUGCCUUUGGCAACGCUAUUACCGUCACCGAUGACUCUUCACUCUUGCAACGCAUGAAGAUCUCUAUGUCGACCUACUUCGUUCUUAACGUGCGGCGAGACAAUGUCUUGACAGAUUCCUUAAAUCAAUUGUGGCGACGAGAGAAGCGAGAGUUGAUGAGACCAUUGAAAGUCCAGAUGGGUAUGGAUGAAGGUGAAGAAGGUCUGGACCAUGGCGGUGUUCAACAGGAGUUCUUUUGUGUCUUGAUGGCAGAGGCUCUUGAUCCAUCUUACGGCAUGUUUAACAUGGAUACUCGACACCGCACUUCCUGGUUCCACCCCUCUCCACUCGAACCUCUGUACAAGUACGAGCUCAUUGGCCUUUUGAUGUCCAUCGCCGUGUAUAACGGCUUGACUCUUCCUGUCAACUUUCCUGUUGCUUUCUACCGCAAGAUUUUGGGAAUGAAGGUGAAGCAUUUGGAUCAUAUUCGAGAUGGAUGGCCAGAGCUCACUCGAGGCUUUGAGACGCUUCUGUCAUGGACAGAUGGUGACGUCGGAGAUAUUUUCAUGCGCACGUAUGAGUUCAGUUUUGAGUCCUUCGCCGGCGUUGAAACCAUCGAUAUGCACAAAGUCGACCGUGAUGCUGCCUGGCCAAUUCCAAUCAAAGCUACGGGUGCCAAGACUACGUCAGAUUCCCCUAUAUCGGCUGGUGUGAGUCAAUGCUCCGACUCCAGAAACGCUACUCCUUCAAAAACUAGCGAGGCAACCGUUCCGACCCCCUCCGAUGAAGCGCCCUUGGUAACGAACCAGAAUCGGGAGCAGUUUGUCAAGGACUACAUCUUCUGGUUGACUGACAAGUCAAUUCGGCCUCAGUUUGACGCAUUCUUACGCGGGUUCCACACCUGCCUUGAUCGAUCCGCCCUCUCGAUCUUCACACCUGAGUCUUUGAAGACAGUAGUGGAGGGUCUCCAGACGAUCGAUGUGAAGGAGUUGGAGAAACAUGCGCGGUAUGAAGGAGGCUUUGGGCCAGAACACCGCGUCAUCCGAGACUUCUGGAGCGUGGUCCAGCAAUACUCGGGAGAAAAGAAGGCACAGCUCCUGGAGUUUGUUACUGCAAGCGACCGAGUUCCUGUGAAUGGCAUCUCGAGUAUUAUGUUUGUGAUUCAGAAAAACGGUGUAGGAGACAUGCGUCUUCCGACUAGUCUCACCUGUUUCGGUCGUUUGUUACUCCCAGAGUAUUCAUCAAAAAAAGCUUUGGUAGAGAAGUUGGACAAGGCACUUGCAAAUGCAAGGGGAUUCGGUGUUGCGUGA